AUGCGAGGAUUGGAAAGGGAUAACAUGGGAGUGGAAGUUGACGGCCGUCAUUUACACCAUCUUCGUUUCGCUGGUAACAUCGUUCUUAUAACAUCAAACAUGAAUCAGGCGGAACGGAUGCUGGCCGAACUUGAUGAAACGCGGAAAAAGAUCGGUCGGAAAAUCAACAUGAUGAACGACCUGACCUCCGAGCUGGGCAGAAAUAAACGAACGGCUUGGGGAGCAUUCAAGAGCAUCGAGGAUGUGGUGAAAAGGACCAGGAACAUCCGGCUCCGUGCUCACCUAUUACCACCGUUCUUCCUGCUCUGA